CGACACCAAGCAGUGGAUCCUUACUCUCGCGAUCACACCUUGGCUAUAUUUAGAAUAUGACACACGCAAAACAAGGACCUGUGUUGCUCGGGCGGUACUCUCCGUAAGUGUUUCGAGAAGUUGAUAAAUUGCUAUCACUGGGACUGGGAGCUGUGACUAGACACAGUCCCCACAGUUUGUCGUUACUUGAACACCGUCAUUCAACCACAAACGACUGACAAUGACGACAGGCGUUGGCAGUACCAGGCUACUAACCUGCCUGCUGUUAGCGAUCAUCGACAUCGGUGACGCUUCUGUAGGUUCAGAACGCUCUCGGACACCGCUUGCGUUUUUCGCUUCGGCAUCCAAACAUCUUGCCCCACGUUAUAAGAGACAGGCGCCUGGAGAUGUUGAGGUUGAAGUACCUAAGAUCACAGAACUACGCAUCACCUCUCAAGUUCAGUCCAGAUUUGCUACUGUCAAAAUAUCCAGCACCAUAGUGAAUUCAAAGAAUGAAAGUAAAGAAGCGAAUUUCAAAGUGCAGUUACCCGAAUCAGCCUUUAUAUCCAAUUUCACCAUGAUAAUCAACAACACGUUUAAAACAUCUGUGGUUUAUGGGAAAAAAGAGGCUCAGGAAAAGUAUGACAAGGCUAAAAAGGAUGGGAAGACAGCAGGACAAAUUCGACACUCUUCUACGGAUGUGGCCCGUGGGAUGGACAUAUUUGCUACAUUCGUCAACGUCGCCGCCGAGAGCGAGGUCUUCGUCGAGCUGACGUACCUCCAGUUGCUGGAGCGACGCCUGGGUUUAUAUGAACAGAGGAUAAUGGUCCAACCCAGACAGAUUGUGGAAAACUUGACCCUGGAUCUUAUCUAUGAAGAGAGUCCUCAAAUAUUUGACAGAUUUACCUAUCGGCUCCCUAACAGCACGGAUGUUAUGGAUGCAUCGUCAGAACAUGCAACACUCUUCUCAUCUGUCUCAAAACGUCGCAUCAAGUACAAUCCUUCUGUAGCGAGACAGACCCAAGUCAACGCUGACAGAGGCAUUGAUGGGGAGUUUGUUGUGUCCUAUGACCUGAAACAUGAAUUUGAUGGAGGCAACAUCAUCUCAGCACUCAGUAACGAUUACUUUGUUCAUUAUUUUGCUGUUGACAAGUCGGAUGAGUUGCCACCCAUCCCCAAAAAUAUUAUAUUUGUGAUUGAUGUAAGUGGUUCAAUGGGAGGAAGGAAGAUUGAACAAACAAGAAGCGCAAUGAAACAGAUUCUCCAGCAGCUGAGUAGUGUGGACUUUUUCAAUAUAUUACUGUUUAAUAGUGAAAUAAGAGUGUGGCAAUCAGAGCCUCUUCAAGCAACCUCAAACAAUAUCCAGACUGCUCAAAGCUAUGUUGAUGAGAAUGUGAUAUCUGGUGGAGGCACAAAUAUCAAUGAUGGUCUUACUGACUCUCUUAGGAUCCUUUUUAGAAACAAGGCCAACAAAGCUGACAUCAUUGUAUUUCUGACAGAUGGACAGCCAUCAGCUGGAGAAACUGAUGUAUCAAAAAUUCGUGUAAAUGUCAAAGGUCUGAAUGAAAACAGAGUCUCAAUAUUCUCCCUAGGAUUUGGCACGGGCGUGAAUUUCGAAUUUCUGCAGCAGAUAUCUUGGGAGAAUGGAGGCUUCGCGAGACGGAUUUAUGAAGAGGAUGACGCUGCGGAACAACUUACAGAUUUCUUUAAAGAAGUGAACAUCCCUUUGCUCCUCAAUGUGAAGUUUCAGUAUAACACCAUCCAGGUGGACACCUCACAGCUGACCCAAACAACAUACAAUCAGUUCUUCUCUGGAACAGAAGUGGUGGUUGUUGGCAAGAGACUAGGUGAUGAGAUAGAUGCUACCGUGCAGGGUUCUACAGCAAGUGCCAACACAGUUGAGCUUGUUGUUCCGGAUUCAUCAAAGACACGUCUUUCUGGCCCCUCAGGAGAGUUUACCGAGAAGUUGUGGGCGUAUCUGACCAUCAAGGAUUUAUUGAAGAAGAAGGCAAUGUCCACAUCUGAUGCGGAUUUUGAGUUUCUAGAAGGUCGUGCACUCAACAUGUCCCUGGCGUACAAGUUUGUGACUCCCCUCACAUCUCUAUUGAUUGUUCAGGAUCAGCAGGAUCCGCAGCAGGACAGGAAGGACAUUUUAAGGGCCUCAGUGUCAUACCCGUCAGGCAACCAGGUUUCAUAUGGAUCAUCUUGUGCCUGCCCAUUGACUGUUACUCUGUUACCAGUGUUCCUGAUCAUAAGGUUGUUUUUGUAGGUCAAGAGGUGUUGUCAAUCUUGUGACAACAAACACAGGCCCAUGUCGUUGAUUUACAUGGAAGAAAGACAAAUCUAAUUUGGAGACCGCCUCCGUGGUCUAGUGGUAGAGCGUCCGCCCGGAGAGCGGACGGUCCGGGGUUCGAUCCCCGGCCGCGUCAUACCAAAAGACGUUAAAAGAUGGUACUUGUUGUUACCCUGUCUGGCGCUCGGCAUUAAGGGGCUAAAACAAGGACUGGUCGGCUCGGAGUCAGUAUACUGUGUCUGAGAGGGGUAUUCAUGUUAAACUGCAGCAUGGUAUCUUAGUGAGCUAGGACUAUAAAUAGGCAUCAGUCCGGACUAGUACAAGCAGCCACGCGCGCAUGCACGUUGCUAUAUAAGUGCAAUAAUCUUGGACGCGAUGUUUAACCCCAUUUCACCUCACCUCACCAAAUCUAAUUUGGUUCUUGUUUAGCCUAAGGAAUUAAAACAUCAGCCUUAGACCUGUACCUUCCUCUUAGUUGUGCUUUUGGGGGCCCAGGUAUAAUGUGGGGUCCCAUACCAACCACUGUAACAAAUUAAUAGAAAGUAUUGGGGAAGAUAUAUGAAUCGGAUUUUCCUUGCUUGAAUUGAAACCAAACUUUGUGAUUGAGUGAAGUAAAUGGACAUUGACAGUCUGCUUCAUAGCAACAAUUGAAUUGGUUUAAUGAUUGAAACAGCAAUGCUCUUGGCUUCUCAUCUUUCAGUGCAAAUAUUUUGUAUUCAUUUUCAAUUUUAAGUGUAUCAGAUGCAAUAUUUUACAUUUGGUAACUGAAAUCUUUGCAAUAUUAGGUCUGUAUUGUGAUAUGUAUGGGAAUAUAUUGCCAUUGACUAACCUUUGUAUUAUUAUGACCAUAAUUGUGCCAUAUGUCGGUAUUUAUCCCAUUUGUUGGGACCGAUUUUAUAGUCAAGAGGCUCACGACACCAUUUGUAACAAUACUAACGCUUAAUGAAGGGAGAUAACACCACGACAAAUAGCAGUGUGUAAUAGAAAUAUUAUUUGUGUGAGAUAAGCUGUAUGAGGACAAUGUUUAGCAUGUUUAGUAUAUUAUACUCCCCAACCUUAAAGGGCGAGGUAUUCAGUCUACUUCAUAGAUUCUUUUCAAACUUCAACACUUUUUAUACUUAUCAUGCUUAAAUGAGAGGUGCAUUGCAAAGUUUGAUUUCAAUAUUUAGAUUUUCUGCCAUAAUACAGCUUUUUUUCAUUUUGGACUUGAAUGUUUUUACUUUAACAUUUGCGCGACAUAUAACUUGAAAACUACUUCUUGGAUUCUUUUUAUAUGUAGGGAACAGUUUCUGUACUGAUAGAAGUGCAGUGCAAAGUUUGAUAUGAUGUGUGUAUUUUUAUGCACUUUAUGUAUUUUGUCUUGUUCCAUCAUUGAUAUAACCCCAAGAAUACACUUAAUGUAUUUUGUCUUGUUCCAUCAUUGAUAUAACCCCAAGAAUACACUUAAUGUAUUUUGUCUUGUUCCAUCAUUGAUAUAACCCCAAGAAUACACUUAAUGUAUUUUGUCUUGUUCCAUCAUUGAUAUAACCCCAAGAAUACACUUUAUGUAUUUUGUCUUGUUCCAUCAUUGAUAUAACCCCAAGAAUACACUUAAUGUAUUUUGUCUUGUUCCAUCAUUGAUAUAACCCCAAGAAUACACUUUAUGUAUUUUGUCUUGUUCCAUCAUUGAUAUAACCCCAAGAAUACACUUAAUGUAUUUUGUCUUGUUCCAUCAUUGAUAUAACGCCAAGAAUACACUUAAUGUAUUUUGUCUUGUUCCAUCAUUGAUAUAACCCCAAGAAUACACUUAAUGUAUUUUGUCUUGUUCCAUCAUUGAUAUAACCCCAAGAAUACACUUAAUGUAUUUUGUCUUGUUCCAUCAUUGAUAUAACCCCAAGAAUACACUUUAUGUAUUUUGUCUUGUUCCAUCAUUGAUAUAACCCCAAGAAUACACUUAAUGUAUUUUGUCUUGUUCCAUCAUUGAUAUAACCCCAAGAAUACACUUAAUGUAUUUUGUCUUGUUCCAUCAUUGAUAUAACCCCAAGAAUACACUUAAUGUAUUUUGUCUUGUUCCAUCAUUGAUAUAACCCCAAGAUUACACUUUAUGUAUUUUGUCUUGUUUAUCAUUGAUAUAACCCCAAGAAUACACUUUAUGUAUUUUGUC